AUGCAGAGGUAGGGGCUGUGGGCUGUGGCCACCCUGACGACCCUCCUCUCUACACAGGUCUUUCCAUAUACAGAUGUCAGCAUCAGUCCAGCCAUGCCGGAGCUGCCCCAGGCUCCCCCGUGCCCCUGGAUGGAGUUCAGAGGCCACUGCUAUCGAUUUUUCCCUCUCAAUGAGACCGGGGCCGAGGCUGACUUCUACUGUGCUGAGCUCUCCAUCGGCAGAAAGUCCUCCAGACUGGCCUCCAUGCACAGCUGGGAGGACAAUGUCUUUGUGUGUGACCUCGUGAACAGCUGUGUUCCUGGGACCCCAGCUGACGUCCGCACAGGGCUUCACGACCACAGACUGAAAGGGCAGUUUGUGUGGACCGACGGCUCUUCCUAUGACUACAGGUACUGAGGUAGAUGCCAGCUGGAUGGCAGUGUCCACGCAGACCCAGAAGAGAUAUGCGUGCAGAUAUGGCACCGGCCCCCCAGCGAUGCGUUUCUGAGGUCAUGGAAUGAUACCACCUGUAGCUGAAAGUUCCCCUUUGUCUGCAAGAUGGCGUCUCUGACCAUUCACUGA